AUGAAUAUUCGAUGCGCUCGUGUAGAAGAUUUGAUGAGCAUGCAACAUGCAAACUUGAUGUCCCUGCCGGAAAACUACCAAAUGAAGUACUAUUUCUAUCAUGCUUUGUCCUGGCCACAGCUGUCUUAUAUUGCUGAAGAUCAUAAGGUUUUUUGCCUCAAAAUUCAGUGAAAGUAGUUGGAAAAUUGAGGGAAACGUGGUCGGGUACGUUUUGGCGAAAAUGGAAGAAGAUCCUGACGAGGAACCACAUGGUCACAUUACUUCUCUUGCCGUCAAGAGGUCUUACCGACGAUUAGGUAAGAAAAAUAAAAUUAAUUCAUUGAUGAUAAUGAAGUUUUCAAGGUUUGGCAAACAAAAUGAUGGACCAAACAGCGAAAGCAAUGGUGGAAAGCUACAAUGCGAGAUUCGUAUCACUGCAUGUACGCGUUUCGAACCGAGCUGCCUUGAAUUUGUACCAGAACAACUUGAAAUUCGUCAUCAAUGAUACUGAGCCAAAGUGAGUGAGAUUUUUGUCUCUCUUACUUUUUACUGUGUUUUGAGUUGCCUCAAAACCUGAAAGAGUCAUGAAAAUUUACUUAUAUUAGACCAUGAGCCUUUUGGAAUGAUGAUAAGUUAUUUUUGGUGACGGUUUCAGUAAAAAUUUGAGGCUAUUUUUUUAUUCUGAAAAAGUGGAUUUAUUUAGCUAAAAAAAUCGCAGUUUUUUUAAUCUUGUAUUAUUUAAAGUUUUUGUAUCAAAAUACUUUCUGACGUCCUUUAAGGACGAUUUUUUGCAAUCUGAACAAAAUUUUGUGGUUUUUUUUUAUUCUUUUCCGUUUUCCACUUUUUUUUAGUUAUUCAUUUUUUAAGGUACUACGCCGACGGAGAAGACGCCUAUGCGAUGCGCCGCGAUCUCGUCAAAUUCGCCCAGGAAAAUAAUAUCGAGCCAGCCGAUAAGGAAACUUUUUUCAACCCAAAAUCCCACGAAGAAAAAAAGAAAAAUCGUCAACAUUAGGUCUUUAUCCCCCGAAAAUCUCAUUUUAUAGACGUUUAUCCCAAUUGUCAAAGUACCCUUUUAUGAUUGAAAAAAAAUUUUGCGAUUAUUUGUUUAGUUUAUCGAUCUCUAUUGGAAGGAAGCAAAGUUUAUCUGCAAGAUCCAUUAGGUUCAUUUUCCUUUUCUUUUAUGUCAACUUGUCCCUUGUUGCCUUGUUGCUCUUCCGUUUUUUUUUCAACGUCUUCACCGGUUUUUUCGAUGUUUAGUAAAGAUUUUCUAAAUUUUCUGGAUGAUUUUGAUUGGAAAAUAUGGUUCUUUUGAAGCCAUUUGUACUUUGAAAGAAAAAAAUAAUAUUUCUUAUUCAAAUUUUUUUGUGUUUUUUUAGAAAGAGAAAUUAAAAUGAAACUACUGGGAAAAAUUUUUUUAGGGGCCACUUAAGGGGUUAAAAAAAUUAGUGACCACUUAAGAGUCCUUUUUAAGUAGUCCUUGGCAAGCCUCUAAAAAAUUUUUCCCAUUACAAUUUGCUAAUAUUAACUUUUUUAAAACUGUUUUAAAAAUUCUCGAAGUUGUUCAGGAGGUUCUGGGAAUGCUCAAGAAGCCAAAUGUAUCCCAAAAAAAGUGAAUUUUUUUGCCUUGUUUCCUUCAUUUUUUUCAGAAUGCAUUUCAAACUUUUUUUGUUUAUUGAUAAAUAUUUUUUUGAUGCUUUUUUUAACAUUUUUUUAAAGUUCGCAUUCUCAGUUGUUCUCUGAAUAAAAAUGAUUUUCUCAUCAUAAAAAAGUUAUUUUCGAAAGUUUUUUCGAAAUUCCUUUUCAUUUCCUCUUGAUUUUUUUUCAACGUUUUGAUAUCGUUUCAGAGCCUUUUCCGGCUCGAAAGAGCAGAAUGAAGGACGAAGACGGAACCGAGGCGGUCCGGAAAGGCCUGGCCGAUCUCAGCCGGAUGGGAGUUGCCCUGGAAGACCUUGGAAGGGUUCAUAAUAUGACCGCCGGCGGCGCCAAACCCGAAUUGUUCGUUUUUGUGUCGAAGUUGAUCAGGAAGUAUUGGAGAAAGUUAUGGGAAGGCUUUUUUUUUUGCUUGAAAAGCUAAAUUUUUCCAAAAAAAAAAAUUGUCUGUUUUCUUCACUUUUACGUGUAUUUAAAAACAUCCACGCUUGUUAUUGAAGAAUUUUUCCUUAACUUUAUAAGAAAUUGAGUAUUUUUCAUUCAAAAAGACUAUAGAGAUGGGUAAAAUUGAUUUUUAAUGAUUUGAAAAAGAUGUAGCGAUUUCCCUCGAUGAAAAAGGAGCUCAAGUAACAGAUUAGAAGGAAUAAUCUCAUAUGAAAACUCAUAAAAAUUGUCCACAUCCUAAUUUUUUGAACUUCAUACAUGUUUGUAUGAUCCAUAAGUCCUUAGCUUCGAUCAUCAAUCCAAUUUUAGCGUUCCCUAGAGGAAAUUACUUGAAAAAUGGUGAUUUUUUCCACUUUAAUGAUUUUUUUUUCUGCGAAAAUGAUGUAAAAAAGGUUUUUAAAGCUUGUUUAUAAUCUAUAACUAUCUGAAAACGGGAUUUUUGAACUCUUAUGACCUGUUGAAGGGUUUUUCUUUUUCUUCUGAGGUUUCUUACGAAAGUUAUUUGUUUUAAACAGCAUUCCCAAGCGUAGAAUACCCUAAAUUAUUUCUACCUUUCUCAAUUUCAUCGAUCUUUGCUUUCCAAAUGCACUUAUCUUCAUUUUUGUCAUGUAAUUUUUGAUGAAAUCCUAUUUUUUGAAGCUCAAUGAGGUUUCCGAGAUCAGUAGUCAGAUUAUUUGAAUUUCGAGCUUUUUUAAAAAAGACUUCUGCCAAAAUUUAACGAUUUUUACACCUCAAAUUCACUAAAAAACAUUUUUAACCUUCAUUUUUCUAUUCCCAUUGAUAAAAUCCCAUUUUUCGAAGCUCAACAAGGUUUCCAAGCUCAGAUAAUUUGAAUUCGAGCUUUUUUUAAAGGAAAUUUCUACCAGAAUUCAAUGAUUUUAACACCUCCAAUUCACUAAAAACCAUUUUAAACCUUCAGUUUUUCCACCCCUAUUGAUAAAACCCUCACUAUAACUAUUUGUCGAAGCUCAACAAGGUUUCCAAGCGCAAAACACUCGAAAAACGGAUUAUCGGGCUUGGAUUUGCUGUAGUGUUUGAACACCCGCGGAAUGGUCUGCCCUUGAAAAAUGGAAAAAAAGUUUCCAUUUCCUUUCUCGCAAAACGUUUGUGUUUCUCAUGGAAUCAUCAAUCAAUCAACAUUUUCAUUCCCAUCGCGUAGGCGGACCUUUUUUCCGAUUUUCUCUAGACAGUUUCAGUUCAUUUGUUAUCGAAAGUUGUUUAUAUUCAAGAUUUUUGGUUCCCUGGCUUUUAAAAGUCUGCAAUUUUUAGGUUUCUGUUAUUUUAUUUUACUUUGAAUAUUUUUAAAAAAACUAUUUGUUGUUGAUUUUUUUUUUUAAACUUUCUAAAAUGGACUUUUGCUUGUAAUUUGUGAAAAAAGGGAUUCUUGAGAGUCCAACGAAUUUUAUUACCCUAAUUAGGAACUACAUAGAGGUUACUAAAGGGGAAACUUUAGGGGCCAUUGAAGGGUCCUCUCUAGGGGUCGCUUCAACAAUCCCUAUAGGGGUCACUGAAGCUCGCAAAGGUGGUCCCUAUAGGGUUUUAAUUACUGGCCCUUAUAGGGAACAUGCUAGUCGAUAAUAUAUAUGAACUCUAUGCGAAUACCCUUAUAAGGAACACUUUUUCGACACCUAUAGAGGUUGUUUUUCCCCCUAAUCCCUAUAGGGACCACUCUGGACUUUCUAAGUAUCUUGUCUUUUUCAAAUUCAACAAGAAAUUUCUUUCAAAUACUUCAAAGCAAUUUUUAAAGUUGCAUAGAAGGGAAAAAAUUUUUUCUGAAGCCUUUGUAUUGAAAAAAUCCAAUUUUACCACCUAGGUAACAUGAUUUUUAUUUAUUUUCGAUAAAAAUAAAUUUUCAAACUUUUUAUAGAAGCGAGAACUCUGUACUGAAAAAUCGGGCGGUAAUCCCACCAUCCGACGAAUUUUGCGACAUGUCGGUCGUUCCAGCCGAAUCCAGCUAUGUUCUCUUCUUCCAGGUUCAUUUUUGAGCCUCUUCUGAAAUAAAUAGGAGAAUUGAAGGUUGUGUUCCCAUUUACGGUCGCCGGACUUGGAAUGGUUUUCGCCGGCCUGGCUCUUUCUGUUGUGAGAACUUGGCGGCUUUUUCAGGAGGUACAGGAGAAUUUUUUGAAGCCAAAAUUCAGGAAUUUUUAGGAUUUUUGGUCGGAUUUUAAGAGUUUUAUGGUAGAUUUCAAACUUUUUAAUCAUUCCGUUUACUUUUUUUAAUGUUUAAAAGGAAUUCCAUCUGAUUUUAAGAAGAUUAUUUCUUUUUUAAACUCAAAAUAGAGCUUUUGUGAAGUCUGAAACCUCAUUAAUUUCGGAUUUUUAGGUCCCUGAAAUCUACAUCCUCGUCCCAGCUCUCCUUGGUUUGAAAGGAAACCUGGAAAUGACGUUGGCUAGCCGAUUGUCCACACUGGUGGGUGCAGAAAAAAAUGACCAAUUCAGGAAUUUUUAAUCAAUAAUGAACUUGUGUUUUUGAUGAAAAAAGGGAAAAUUCGUUCAAAAAUACUUGUAUCGGUUCAUUUUCUGAAAAAAAGAGGUCAAAAAAGUGAAAUUUUUUCCCAUUACAUCAUGAAAUUUGAAUGGUUCAAAAUUUUUUUUAAUUUGAUGAAAAUUUAAAUUUUUCUCGGACUAUAAAAAGCCGAUGAAAAGAACUAAAUUUGAACGAAUUUUCCAUUUUUCCAUAAAUAAAACGCAAAAUUUAUCUUAAGAACCCUCAGAAGAAGCUGACAAUGUUCCGCUGAAAUUCAAAGUAAUCCCUAUAGGGGCAAUCUUAAGGACACUUGAAAAGUUCCCUCUAGGGGCCACUAGAGAUUGCAAAAGUGGCCCUUAUAGCGGAAGUGCUAGCCGUUUUGUGUUAUGAAAUAAUUGAGAGCCCCUAUCGGGACCACUAAAGCUUCAGGGGCUUAGAGGCCAGGUCUCAAACCACUAUAGGGACCACUCUGGCGUUCCUGACCUUUGAAUCCUCUGGAAUUUUUUUCACUCGCUUUCCAGCACCUUUUUUUUAUUAAAGGAAGAAAAUGUGAACUGAAAAAGGUCUGAAAAAAUUUUCUAAAGAGUUUUUCCGUUCUGAAACCUUCAUAUCUGCAAAUUCACAUGAUGUUCAACUUUUUCGUGAAUUUCAGGCCAAUCUAGGACACCUGGAUUCGACGAAACAACGACGGGAAGUGAUUUGGGCCAACCUGGCGUUGAUCCAAGUCCAGGCGACGAUUGUCGCCCUGCUCGCCUCGGCCUUCGCCGUGACUUUGGCCUGGAUUCCCCGGGGAGAACUCGAUUGGUCCCACGCUACGCUUCUGUGUGCUUCGGCUGUAACCACGGGUGGGUUCGGGCGGAAAAAGAACCCAGAAAAAGAUGGAAAUGGACAAUAUUUAGAGAAGUUGUAAGAGAGCUUUGGUUAGGCUUCCUUAAGUUUUAAGAAAGCUCAAACUUCAUAUUUUCGAGUUCAGUAGGUUAAAUAUGUAGUGUUACUACGGGUAAGUUCGGGCGGAAAAGGAACGCGAAAAAAUGAUGAAAAAUUGACAAUAUUCAGAAAAGAUGUUAUAAGAAAGCUUUGGCUAGGCUUUUUUAACUUCUAGGAAAGUUCAAACUUCAUAUUUUUGAAGCCAAUUAGUAAAACUUGGGCUUCUACUGUUACUACGGGCGGGAUAGGGCGAAAAAAAAGCCCCAAAAAAAGUACGGGUGAGAUAGGCUAACCUCCCCCUUCAAUAGAAGAGAAAAAAACAAAACUUAGAAAAUUUCAUUAAAAAAACGCAUAGCUUUGGUUGCCCUUUUUCAAGUUUUUAGUGAAUUUCAAACUCCUGUUGUCACCACUAAUGAGAUCGGGCGUAAUAAAAAAACUGAAAAAAAUAUAUCUCCAAAAAAAAUAUAACUUUUAUGAGAUUUUCUUUUGAUUUUAUCGGUUCUAGAUGCAUUUUUUCAACUUAUCCCUUUUUCUCAAAACUUCCUUAUUUCCAGCCUGCAGCGCCUCGUUGGUCCUCUCCGUGUUGAUGGUCGGCGUCAUCCUCCUUUCUAGGAAAUUCAACGUCAAUCCGGAUAAUAUUGCCACCCCGAUCGCAGCUUCUUUAGGUAGAAAAUUCAAAAAGUUAUGAAAAAGUCACCGUUUUUUGAGAGGGAAAGUCUGAAAAUUCCGAUGAUUUUUGCUCAUUUAUAACUGGGGAAUUUGAAAGGAAUAAGGUAAAAGUUGCCGUUUUUGAACGGAAUUAGUUCAUUUUUUCAGUAAUCACUUUGAAGAUUUUUCGCUGGCUGGAUUUUUAAAAUUUUGCCAUUUUCAGGCAAUUACUGCCUCAUUAGAUAGAAUUUCAUAAAAGUUUAAGUUUGAGGGUUCACCUCUAGGGACCGCUAAAGCUUCAAAAAAUGUCCCUAUAGGUAGGGACCGCAGACGAAUUUUCAAAAAAUUUUUUUCAGCAUUGAGCUUUGUAUGGUUCGAUAGCUGUUUCGAUUCAAAACUCAGAACCGUUUAGUUUUUCAAAAAAGAUUGAGGAUGAAAAAAGUUAUGACGGAAAAGGUGGCGCGCCGCGCACCAUUUUUUUAGUACUGAAAUUUUGGUAUUAUCCAUUUUUGACAUUUUUUUCGAUUUUUCUUCUAGAACAAAUUUUGAUACUGGUCUAUUAUGAUGUAACAAAUCAUACUAGAGUGCUAAAAUGAUGCUAAUCAGCUAGUUUGUCGAAAAAGUCGGUAUUUUCCAGAAAACAAAAAACUGCCGCUUGCGGGCAUCGAACUCGCUACCUCAAAAUGUAAAAUCGGAGCGCACGCGUUGCGCCAAGCUGUUAGGUCCAACGCGGGGAGCUUCCAUCCGCCAUACCCUUGAGCCGUUUGAAUAGCACAGAUUGUCUAUUUCAAAAAGAAAAACUUGAAGUAAUUUAGCUAUUUUUAUCAGAAUAUGUUUGCAAAUCUUUACUCAAACGGUUCGUGGAAAUUCACUUCGAAAAAACUGUUUUUUUAGUGCUUUUUGCCUCGUUUAACGAUCGCUGCAUUAAAACGGCCCCGUAAAUUUUUGGCAAAGACGAAUUUUUUAUUUUAUUCUUUUAAUUGAAAGAUUUUUUACUAAUAAAUGUAUAUAAUCGUUUAAAAAACCUGCGUUCGACCGCUUUCUGUGUGAUAAACGCCGCUAAUUUUAUCCUCUAGUUUCAAGAGCAUUUUUGCGUAUUAAACAACUUUUUCAAGCACAUAUUCUGUGGAGAAAUAUUUAAGUAAGCCCGUGAUCUAAAUUUUUGAAAAAAAGAAAAAAACUCGAUUAUAUUCGCGUAUUAACGAUAUUUUUGAAUUACGACUUUCGGCACUCCCUAAAAAUUUUUUUGGCAAAGACGAAUUUUUUUAUUUUAUUGUUUUAAAAUUACCGUUACUUGAAUCAAAAUCAUUAUUUAAAAAAAGAAAGAGUGCGUUCGACCUGAAAACACAUGAAAAAAAGCAAAAACGACAAAAUUUUUUUAGUUCCAUUCACGUUUUUUUGUACGACAUUCCGCGCGAACGCAUCAAAAAAGCGUGAAAUAUUUUUUAAACGAAAGAGGAAGCUUUUCUGUACAAGUGUGUCAAAUUUUAUUUGCCAGUUCCACAUAUUUUACAACUACAUCAAAAUGAAAGUUGAAAACCAAAAAAAAGCCACUUUUUCUAUCGCGAAAAGGGGCGUGGCUUUGCGGUCCCUACCUAUAGGGUCUUGUAUAGGGGCUACUUUAGGGGGAGCAUGCUGUUGACUGAAAAAUAACAUCAGUGGAACCCCUAUAGAGAUCACUCUGGCGUUCCAUACUUAAGAGAUGACUUCAGUUUAUUUUGAACUGAUUUCGAUCAGUUUUUCAAAAAUUCAGGCUGUUUUUCCUAUAUUUUCGGCGUGGAAGAUCGAAAUCUUGCGAUUUUCAGGCGAUUUGACGACCCUCGGCGUGUUGGCGAUGUUCGGCUCCGUGUUCCUGGAGGCCCAUUUGACCGAUUCUUGGCUCAACACCGCGAUUAUCAUAGCUUUCCUUCUGAUUGCACCGAUUUGGGCGUUAUUUGCCAAUAAUAAUGAAGGAACUAAGGAGGUUCGUUGGAAGAUUCAGUAGGAGGAUCAGUUGAAAAUUCAGGAAUUUUUCUUGAAAACACAUAAAAAAAUUGUUUUUUUAUUCAAAAAAUUCGCGAAAAACGCUCGUUUCCCGCAUAAAACUAUCGUUUGAGGAAAGCUAGAGUGGUCCCUAGAGGUUUUAGUGAGGAAGGUUCCCUCUAGGGGCCACUCUAUUCCCCCCCCCCCCUUAUAGGACGCACUGAAGUUGCAAAGUGGCCACUCUAGGGGGGCUUUUGUCGUUUAUUGUUAUGGUGUCUAAGGAAAGAAGGAAGCAGGGAUCUGGUUUUCAAGGUUCCCCUCUAGGGGCCACUUUAUCCCCCCUAUAGGGGCCAGCAAAGAUGGGAAAAGUGGCCCGUUUGUCGUUUAUUUUUAUGAUGUCUAAAAAAAGAAGGUAGCACUAGGGGUCUGCUUUUCAAGGUUCCCCUCUAGGGGCCACUUUAUCCCCCCUAUAGGGGCCAGCAAAGAUGGGAAAAGUGGCCCGUUUGUCGUUUAUUUUUAUGAUGUCUAAAAAAAGAAGGUAGCACUAGGGGUCUGCUUUUCAAGGUUCCCUUCUUGGGAUCACUUUAUCCCCCCUAUAGGGGCCACUGAACAUGGCCAAAGUGUCCACUCUAGGGGAGCGUUUGUGGUUUAUUGUUAUGAUGUCUAUGACAAGAAGCAUUUUUAGGCGAAAAAUUGGGUUUUGAAGGGUUCUCUCUAUGGACCAAUUAAUCCCCCCUUUAGGGGCCAGUAAAGAUGGCUAAAGUGGCCACUCUAGGGGAGCAUUUGUCGUUGAGAGGAAGCUUUUUCAGGCGAAAAAAUAUGGGCUUUGAAUGGUUCCCUCUAGGGUCCACCUUCUCACCCCUCACCAAGCUUUAGGGGCUUAGUAAUGACUUCUUAAAACCUUAUAGGUACCUUCCAAAUUCUACUCAUACGGGACUGUUUUUCCCUGACCCUUCAGGGCUCGCUCUAGCGUUCCUAAGUUUGUUCAUUUUUUAAGAAAGAUGAUCUGAUAGAUAUUUUUUCAUUUAGCCAUAAAAAAUGAGCCAUAAAUUCACGUGGUCCUGGCAACUAGGUCACUUACGUGGCGAUAACGCCCUGAAUUAAUCAUUUUCAAUUUUCGUAUAUUUAUCAUUUUUUUUCCCCCAAAAUUUUGUUAAUAUUAUUAUCAAUGAAUUAAUUUUAUUUUUCUUACCUAAUCGCCGGUAAGACCUCUUGACGGCAAGAGAAGUAAUGUGACCGUGUGGUUCCUCGUCAGGAUCUUCUUCCAUUUUGGCCAAAACGUACCCGACCACGUUUCCCUUAAUUUCAUAUUUAUUUUCACAAUUAUUAUAAAUCUUGCAGAAAAACGUUUGAACUUUUGAUAAUUUAUCUCCCGAAAGCUUGAUAUUGAUAUUUUCAUUGAAAAAGUUCAUUUCAUAGUUUUUUGAAACGUAUUUCCAUCCAAGGCAGCCCUUGGCUUGGCGGCCAAGCAAAGUCAUUUAGCCAAAAGAUAGAAAUGAGCCAAUAAUUUACGUGGUCUUUGGCAAUAGGUCACUUACGUGGCGAUAACGCCCUGAACUAAUCAUUUUUAAUUUUUCUGCAUUUUUUUUUUCCCAAGUUUCUUGUUAAGAAGCUUUAUUAAGAGCCAAGUCAGCCAAAAACAGCAAAAAGCCUUUUUGAUUUUCUGACGUUCAAAGUAAUUUCCAGACGCUGUACAAUGGGUGGACCCCGGUGAUUAUGUCGAUGUUGAUCAGCAGCGGCGGCGGAUUUAUUCUGGAGAAUGCCAUCAGGCAAUAUGGCAACUUGGCGAGCUUCCAACCCGUUAUUAAUGGUUUGAAUUGUAUUGGAAAAAAUAUUGUCGAGAUUUUCGAAGUUUCAAAAUUUCCCUGUUCAUUUUUCAGCCAGAUUUCUUCGCUUUAAGGAUUUUUUGAGGGUUAAACUUUGUUCAGAAUGAGUGAUUUCAAGGCCUUCUGGAAGGAUUUUCUUCAAAAUUUGAUUUCUACUGUCGGAAACAAUGAUCCAAUCUAGAUCCAAGCCCAAUCUAUCGCUAAAUCGAUUCAAUAAUCUCAAUUUCAUCGAUUUUUCCCGUUUUCCAGGUGUCGGCGGCAACCUGGCGGCCGUCCAAGCCUCCCGUCUUUCCACGUAUUUCCAUCAAGCCGGAACUCUUGGCGAGCUGCCAAAUGGCUGGGUCGUCAGCCGAUUCCGAAGCCUCAAGAGAGCCUUCUUCAGCAAGGGUUUUUUUGAAAUCAUGCCAAGGAUUCACGAAUCUUCCUCCCCUAGAUUGGGACUCCCGAUCGGCCCGAGUUUUGCUGCUUCUGGUCGUCCCGGGCCACAUGUUCUUCAACUGGCUGAUUAGGGUUUUCCACGUGGCCGACGCCUCGACGCCCUCUCCGCCCACGGGACCCCUUUUCACCAGUUUGUACCUGAUCGCCGCCGUUGUUCAGGUGGGAAAAAUGGCCUAGAAGUUGAGAAUUUUGAGUAAAACUGGAAAGUUUCAAAAACGAGUUCCUUGCGGUUUUUUAGAUAACCUUUAGAUGUAGAAUAAAUAUUUCCAAUAGUAUUUUAGGACAAAAGGUGGAGCUUAGAAAUUCCAGAGGGGUCCCUAGAGGGUUUGGAGGAAAAAAGGUCAUAUUAGGGCCAAAAAAGUGGUCCCUGUAGGGGUGAAGUUUGGUGGGUCCUUAUAGUGAUUUUGAGGGAAACAUUAAGCCUGUAAGUGCCGAAAAAGUGGUCAAUUUAGAGGUGAAGUUUAGGUAGUCACACUAGGAGAAGGGUAAAAAUUUGGUGGUCCCUAUAGUGAUUUUGAGGGAGAAGAGCUUCAAUUGGGGCCGAGAAAGUGGUCCCUGUAGGGGUUAAUUUUAGGUGGUCUAGGGUUUGGGGAAAAAAAACAGCUCAUAUUCCAAAAAAGUGAUCCCUGUAUGGGUGAAUUUUAAGUGGUCCCUUUAGGGUUUGGGGGAAAAAACAGCUCAUAUUAGGGCCAAAAAGUGGUCUCUGUAAGGGUAAAGUAUAAGUGGUCCUAAUACGGGUUUAUUAGGGUUUUAACUCAGGCUAUUUUCCGAAUUGUGUCAGAAAAAUUCAAAGUUUUUUUGGUAGCGGUACUCUCAUAUUCAAUUUUCUCUUUGAUUAUCGAUGGAGCGCAACAUUUUUUUGAAUCGAAACUAUUUUCCGAUUUUUCUCAUUUAAAUGCUAAGGAAAACCUCGAAAAUUCUCAGGUGGCGGUAGUCGAACAUUGGUAAUCCGAAACGGACGUGUUAAGGCAUUUCUAGUGACCGCUUUAGUAGCGUUAGGACACUUAAGUGAUCCCUAGAAUGGCACAGAAAUAUCCGGAGAACGUCCGUUUCGCGUUACUAAUGUCCGAGUACUUUUAUUUAAUUUUCUCUCUUUUGAUUAUCAAUGGAGCGCAACUUUUUUUUUCCUUAUUUUGGCUCUUUUCCAAGUUAUAUUGAACAUUUCUCAGGUGGCGGUACUCUUGUUCGUGUGCCAGUACAUUGUGGCCUUGGUCUGGAAAUGGAGCAUCGACCCGGACAAUUCGGUGAUCCCCUACCUGACCGCCCUGGGCGACCUUCUCGGCACUCUUUUGCUCUUCAUCGUCUUUGUCAUCACCGACAAGUUUGACAAGAAAGAGAUCAUGGUCACCUAA